GCUGCGCAUACUUCCUGGUUACAGAUUGAGAAGCAAGGACCUUUUUGCAUAUUUCCUUUCUAAAUAUUUGUUGAAUCUCUUGUAACUUUAUACAGACGGCACAAAUAUAUCAUUACUUUUAUUUAUAAUCGUUUUAAAACCUAUGGUCGCUUAGAAAUGAAUGACUGAUGGGAAAAAGUGUGGACGUGAGCAUCAUAAAGACCAGCUGAAGGACAGCUACAUCAACCCACUUAUCUCCAUUAAACCUUAGGCCAGUGUGGAAGCCACACACACCCAUCUGUAUAUUAGAGAGAUCUCAGCUGUCAAAGAGCCAAAAUGACUGGGUCAAACUGGGGUCUGAUCAUGAACGUUGUAAACAGCAUUGUGGGUGUGAGUGUCUUGACGAUGCCCUUCUGCUUCAAACAGUGUGGAAUCGUGUUGGGCACAUUGUUGUUGUUCUUCUGUUCGUGGAUGACCCACCAGUCCUGCAUGUUUCUAGUCCACUCGGCUAGUAACACCAAACGCAGGACUUACGCUGGACUAGCUUUUCAUGCUUAUGGAAAACCAGGCAAGGCACUUGUGGAAUUAAGCAUGAUUGGCCUCAUGUUGGGGACAUGUAUUGCUUUCUAUGUCGUCAUCGCAGAUCUGGGGUCCAACUUCUUUGCUCAGCUGCUUGGGCUGGAGGUGACGCGUAGCUUCCGUAUCGUGUUACUGAUUGCAGUGUCACUGUUCAUUGUGCUGCCACUCAGCUUGCAAAGGAACAUGAUGUCAUCAAUCCAGUCAUUUUCAGCCAUGGCACUUAUCUUCUACACACUCUUCAUGUUCACGAUAGUGUUGUCCUCUCUGCGUUACGGAAUAAUCAGUGGCUCCUGGGUGGAGCAAGUACAUCUGUGGCGCUUCAAGGGUGUCAUACAGUGUCUGCCAAUUAUCGCCACCACCUUCUGCUGCCACCCGCAAGUAUUGCCCACUUACGACAGCCUGGAUGAGCCCUCUGUGAAGAGGAUGAGCACAAUAUUCACCUCCUCACUCAACGUGGUCACGACCUUCUACAUCACAGUGGGCUUCUUUGGUUAUGUGAGCUUCACUGAUAACAUUGCCGGGAAUGUACUGAUGAACUUUCCAUCAAACCUGGUAACGGAAAUGAUCCGUGUGGGCUUCAUGAUGUCUGUGGCUGUGGGCUUUCCCAUGAUGAUCCUGCCCUGCAGACAGGCCAUCAACACCAUGCUUUUCGAGCAGCAGCAAAAGGAUGGCACCUUUGCUGCAGGUGGGUACAUGCCACCCCUCCGUUUCAAGAGCAUCACUCUUUGCAUUGUUUUUGGCACCAUGUUGGGCGGCAUCCUUAUUCCUAAUGUGGAGACCAUCCUGGGUCUGACUGGAGCCACCAUGGGCAGUCUGAUCUGCUUCAUCUGUCCAGCUCUCAUCUACAAGAAGAUCAUGAAGAAUGCCUGGACCGCACAGCUGGUUCUGUGGGUUGGUCUCGGCAUCCUGCUCAUCAGUACCUUCACCAUGAUGUCCAUUUCCUCCAAUGAGCCACAGAAAUUAAACCCCCCUCUUGACAUCCCUGCAAAAACUGAGAACAAGCCUCCCAUCCUCAUUGCCCCUGAGCUUCCUGAAGUACAAGUGCAAGAGAACAGACUGGAACCUGAUCCAGGAGAGAAGCCAGAUAGGCCACCAAUUGAGGUUGAACAGCCAGCAGAGAAGGAAGCCGCAGAGCCCCCUCAAAUUAAAGUACCUGUGGAAGUGGCUGAGCAAAACAAUAAGGAUGAUGAGGUUCAGCUGGACCGCCCUGAAGCAGGUAAUGCAGGUGUUGCGGUCCCAGAAGGGGAAGCCCAUCGCCAUGAGCCGCCCAACCCUCAUGACAGAGUUCAGAUAGAAGAGAUCAAAAACCAGCAGGAACUGCAGGAUGAAAAUAAACAACCUAUAGUUGUGGAGGGGGAAAAGAAAUUGCCUGCUGGCGAGGAGGAGGAGCUUCUUGCUGAACAGGGGGCGGGGCAAGCACAAGAGGCGGAAGCUGUAAAAGAGGAGGAGACAAAAGAAAAAGAAGAUAUGGUGAAAAGGGCUGUCGAUCAGGACCAGCAUGCAGUUAAUGAAGUGUUGGACAAGGCAAAAAAUCCUGAGGAUCUGAAGAAGGUUGAGCCCUUGGUGGUAGAUAAACAACCAGAAGUGCCUGAAGUGAAGGAACAGCAUGAUGAGAAUGAAGCACCCCAAGAGAAGAAGCCAGAGGAGAUGGACAAAGCCCCUGAACUCCAGGGUGAAAAAGUGAAAGAACACAAGGAACAGAAAGUUCCAGAUGAAAAGGAUGGAGGGGUGGACAAGGAUGCAGAUGGGGACAAGAUGGAAGUGAUUAAAAAGAUUGUUGCAGAGGGUCAGUUGGACCAUGCUGUGCUGCUCCAGGUAAUUAAGGAGCAGCAGGAACAGCAGAAAAGGCUUCUGGACCAACAGGAAAAACUCCUGGCUGUGAUUGAGGAGCAACACAAGGAGAUCCACCAAAUUAAGGAGGUAGAAGAAGAACCAAAGGCAGCAGAACAGCAGAAAAGACAUGUGGACCAUGAGGAAAAACAGUUAGAUGUGAAUGAGGAGGUCCGUCAAGUAAAGGAAGAAGAAGCUGAGCCAAAGGUGGCAGCAGGAGAGGGUGUAGGUGAAGUGGAGAACGUAGCUGCAGCUGACGCAGUACCUGAAGUCCCAGAAGCAAAAGAGGCUCAUGUCGCAGGUGGUCUUCCCAAAAAUGCCCUUGAAUUGGUGAAAGAUCCCAAGGAGGAAGAGCUGAAAAAUGAAGCAGGGCACGAUGGAGCACUACCUCCAGAGGUCGGUGCCCGAGGUGUUCCUCUGCGUUCUCGAGAACCAGAACUGCCCAAAAUCAAUCCUGGCUCUCUUGCAGAAGAGGAGGAGAGAGUGAGGCAGAAACUGGCCCAACUGGAGGCAGAGAAGGAGAGAAUAGAGAAAGAAAAGCUGGAGAAGGAAAGGAUUGAGAAAGAGGUACAGGCCCGUGUCGAAAAGGAGCGGAAGGAACGAGAAAGACGAGAGGAACUGGCACGUGAGCAGGAGCUAGAACAUGUGCGGCAGCAAAAGGAACAGCUAGAGAAGGAAAGGCUUGAAGCAGAGAGAUCGAAACUUGAAAGAGAGAAGAUGGAUAAAGAGAUCAUGGAGCGGGCCGAGAAGGAGAAAAGAUUGUUGGAGCAGAAGGAGCGGCUAGACCAGCUGCAGCGGGUCAUUGAUGCCCGACAUGUGCAGCAGGGCAAGGGUAGUCUCGAGGAUGAGAGUUUGAAACAGGAACGAGAGAAGACUGAGAAAGAGAUCAUGGAGCGUGCAGAGAAAGAGAAAAGGAUACUCGUGCAGGAAGAACAACUAGAAAAACUACAGCAGGUCAUUGAUGCAAAGAAGGAUGAUAAUGCACCCCAAGCAGAAGUCCUGCAGAUGCCUAAGCAAAAGGGAGGCAGGGACUUGAAGGAGAAUAUAAUUCCACCAGACGAGGUGAAGAAAGAGGAAAAGAGGAGCAGAGAGGAUGGAGGGCUGGAACUUAAGAGGAGACGCAGAGCCGUGGACCCCGAGGGCGGAGGAGACGCUGACCUGAAUCUUCUGCGGGACACAGGAGGUUUAGAUUUACAUGCUGACCUAAAGGGGCAGCUCCUGGUGGGACCUCUGAUUCACACACGCCAGCUUAAACAGACGUUUCAGAGUCAGGAGAAUGAAGACUAGAAGUAGGUUGGUCUUCUGGAACCCAGUGGACCUCUCAGUGGACCUCUCAAAUACUUAGGUGAUUUGGCAGUGAGAAGAAACUCUUUCCUUCUCAUUUGAAAAGUUAUUGCCUUUAUCUAAGACAUAACAUUCCUUUUGGGUUCAUGAUGACAGUUGGCACUUUGAUUUGAUCCUUUAGUUGUCCGUCGGGAACACUGAAUCCGUAGACCCUUAUGAGCUUCCAUUAUUGUUUUGUGUGAGAUUUUGCUGAAUCUGGUGCAAUAAAAGGAAUGUCUGGUGUAAUAAACUGAGCAGGCAUCACAUUAAAAACGGACCUUGAUGGGCACACGGGGCAUUUCAGAAUAUUGUGUUUUGGACUGUCGCAUAGAAAAACAGCACAAGUGUACCCCCUUGUGGCUGCUAUGGUAAAUUGUAUGUCUAGUUUUGCUAUUGCAUAUUUCCUUUUUGAAGUUUUAUCUUUUGUGAAUUAAACUAAAAGCCAAAUUAACAUGAGAUGCUGUUUUAAAAAAAUAUAUAUUUUUUAUUUUCUUCUAGGAGCUUUGUUUUCUUCUUUAGGAACUAUAGACCAUUUACUGUACCUUAGUGUUUUCAGUCUGCUAUUCUGUAUAUUGAAACUGGAGUUAAUGUUACCUUGGCCAUCAUGUUCAAUGGUCCGUCUGGUUGCUUGAAUAGUUCUCAUCUGUAACUACGAUAACUCUGUGUGUGUGUGUGUGUGUGUGUGUGUGUGUGUUUGUGUGUGAGGGUGUCUUCAGGAUCAGAUUUUCCUUUCAUAUAGUUAACUGUUAGGACGAGUAGUUAGUCAGACCAGCUAUAAGUGAAUGAAAUAUUUGAAUAAUGUAUGUUUUCUAAAUAAUUUAGGCUUCUUCUGGUUGUUUCAGUGUGUUUAAAUUGUCUGUGACUCUGUUUUAUUACUUUGUGAAAGUACUCAACCCUCAUCUUUUGAGGUUGAUCUUAAAUUGGAGCAUAUAUUCUGGAUUUAGUGUGGAUUUAACAUGACUGUUACCCACAGUCAUUUCCUUGUUUUCACUGUGCAGUGGGUUUCUUUUCAGGGUUGCAUUGCUUUUCUCUUAAACAUUCCAUAUUUUUGCCUGUGAAAAUUUGAUUCUGGUCAGUGCCUUAUGGGGUUUCUGUUUUGCAGUGAUGUGUAUGUGAAGUCUGUUACAUCCACACUGUGUGUGGAUUGAAACUUUUUGUCUGCAUUUUCUAUACCUUGCUGGUUAAAUUUGUCACUGACUAUUCUCUUGAUGAAUUUCCUGAUCUCGCUUUUGGAGAUCUUUUUCUUAUUUAAAAGAGAACAUAAAUAUAUAGAGGUAUGAGUUUCAUGGAAUCCUGUCUCUCUUGUCAGUAACACUGCUCAAUUAUCCAUAUACAGGUGUUUAGUUACCAGAUGAUGUGUAGAUCUCUUAAAAGAGUUACAUGUUAGCAGAUUUCAGAGGUUGAUGACUCUUUGACCCAAACAUUUUAUUUUGUUCUUUAAUUGGGAUAAAUUAAUAAAUUAAAUAACAGCAGCUCUCUGUGAAAUAUUCUUUGUGUCGCUUACAUCAUAUUCCUCCCGUUCACAUUUUUUUUUACGUUUA